AUGAAGCAAGGCACAAACGAACGGUUCUCGCAGUUCAUCCUACGUCUACGUCAGCAGCUCGCAGAUUGCGGAUUAGAAAAGUAUCCUCAGGAAGUCCGUGCAGCAAUUGAAGAGAUGAUGUUAACUGAUGUCAUUGUUGAAGGGUGUUCUUCUCAGGAGCUUCGACGCAGAAUCUUGGAGAAGGACCAGAACCUUGCUGAUAUAGAAGCAUUAGGAGCAUCGUUGGAAAGUGUGCGAGCUCAAGAAAAAGAAAUAAGUGCUGGAUCAUCGCACCUAAUUUCAGGAUCACUCGAAGUGCGUAAAAUCCAGAAGCUUCGUACUGAUAACCCGGAUGUGAACAAGAAACGGGUCCUCGGUAGAUUUAAUAACAAACCGAUUUGGAAAGAGAGCGCUUCAACGAUCUGUUAUUCCUGUGGGCAGAUGGGUCACAUAUCGAAGGCUUUGUGCUGUCCGGCAAAAGGCAAAAUCUGUCGUCGGUGUAAGCGUCCAGGUCAUUUUGAAAAUGUCUGUCGCAAGCGUCCUGGAGAGUACAAAAAUCUGAAGCAAACUGGCAAAGUUCAAGCUAUUGACGAAACCCCGGAGGAAAACGACUGUUCAGCGGUAACUAAACCAGAAUUAUCAUCAGAGACACAGGAGAAAAAGGUGUAUUAUACGUUUCAUUUUGGAAAUAGCUGUAACAUGAUUGACUGCACUGUUGGUGGGCUGGAUAUCCAAAUGUUGGUUGAUUCCGGAUCGGACGCUAAUUUGAUUACUGCUGAUUCUUGGGAAUUGCUGAAAUCUAGGAAGGUUGACGUCCAACACUGUCAGAAGGGCAGUAAGAAAAUAUUGAAAUCCUAUGGUAGCCAGAACCCAUUGAAAAUUUUAGGAACAUUUUUUGCUCACAUCAGUGCUGGUGGACGAACGGUUCAAGCGGAAUUUUUUGUUGUCGUGAACGGGCAACGAAACCUGCUUGGAGACAAAACAGCAAAAGAACUGGGUGUUCUUAGAGUCGGUUUGGACAUAAACCGUAUUGUUGACGGUAACAAUCAGAGCCUUGUGCCUUUUUCGAAGAUAAAAGAUAUUCAAAUUAAUAUCCAGAUGGACCCGAACAUUAAGCCGGUUUUCCAACCACUUCGUCGCAUUCCCAUGCCACUCGAGGAUGCCGUUAAUAAGAAAUUGGAUGAGUUAUUGGCUAGAGACAUUAUUGAGAAGAAGACUGGACCAGCAAACUGGGUUUCACCUUUGGUAGUGGCGAAUAAGGCAAAUGGGGAAAUCAGAUUGUGCGUUGAUCUUCGACGAGUAAAUCAAGCCGUUAUCCGUGAUCGUCAUCCUAUGCCGGUCAUUGAAGAUGUGUUGGCUAAAGUUGGCAGAGGAAACAUUUGGAGUACACUCGACGUUAAAGAUGCCUUUUCCUUAUUGGAAUUGGAUGAACCCUCCAGAGAUAUUGUAACGUUUAUAUCGCACCGCGGAUUAUAUAGAUUCAAACGUCUGCCAUUCGGACUUGUGUCGGCGCCCGAAAUAUUCCAGCGAAUCAUGGAUGAGAUUCUUGCUGAUUGCGAUGGAGCAUACUGGUAUCUUGACGAUGUGGGCGUUGAAGGAGGUUCUAUGGAUGAACACGAUCGUCGUUUGAACAAGGUAUAA